UCAAGGCAUCGCGUCUGGUAUGGUCUGUGGUUUAGAUCAAUAAUUUUUGCAAAUUAGUCGUACAUAUUUGUAAUUUGGAUUUGUUGAACUUGUAAUACAUAACAGUGCUCGUGCUCCAUAAAAAAUAGAAAUUCGUAUAAUGCGCUGUGAAUUCUCAGCUUAUCUCCGAGAAUAUUAUUGAAAUAAAAGUGUUUUAUAGUUUUGAACUUGGUGAAAAUGAGUCAACCUCGUAUGGAGAAUAUGUGUCCCACGACGCACUUACGGGUGAUGUUGCCUAAUUCAAUGGAAACAAAUAUGCCUCCAACUUACAUUGAUAUCAAUAACAUGGAUAUCCCCCCGCCUCAGCCAGAUUUCUCGGCUCCCCCACCAUAUGAUGUGGCUGCCAAUUCUAAGCUGCCUACAUAUGAGGAGGUCCAACGUGAGAAACAAAUGGAAGGGGAGGGACCUCAACUACCUCCAGCAGCUCAUCCCACUAUUGCAGCGUUCGUUACGGUCGAGCCGAGAGAGGCCACCGCUGAACAGUUAGAUCCCGAGAACAACUUGCUUGGCACCGAUAUCAUGUUCCUGACAUCGUUUUUCGUGGCAUUCCUAUUCAACUGGAUCGGGUUCCUCCUGCUGAUGUGCUUCUGCCACACGGUCGCGAGCCGCUACGGCGCGCUCGCCGGCUUCGGCCUCUCGCUCGCCAAAUGGACGCUCAUAGUGAAGCAUUCCACUGAACUCGCCUCGCACGAGAACUCGUGGUUGUGGUGGCUUAUUAUGGCAUUCGGAAUUCUCAUCUGCGUGCGCGCUAUUAUCCAGUACUUGAAUAUAAAACGCGGAUGGCGUCUGCUCUCCGGCACGGCCCAAGAGCGACUGCUGUUCUUCUAUUGAAAUGCACGUUUUGUCUCGCUCGCACUCGCACGUACACCGUGAAUGCGUGAAAGAGAUGAAACAUUAUCACAUAUUUCAGGUGAUGUAAAAAUAUAAUAUAUUGUAUUAUGUCGUUUAAAAUAUUAUAUUAUAUUCCUAUGUGUCAUACAUAUUUUGUUAAUAGAUCUUGAGAUAAAUUUGUUAUAUUAAACCAAAUUUAUUUUUAUCUAUAUUCUAUAUUUAUUUAGUUAUGUAAAUAUUUUUUUAGAUUUAUUUGUAUAUAUUUAACUGGGCUAGUGUUAAAUAUUAAUUAGUUUAAUUCCUCGUUUCCAAAAAAACAAUUCGAUCGUGUUGUUGUAUGUAGAGUAUAAAAUCUGUGUACUUUUUAAUUAUAAUAUCAUUGUUGAGAAUCUUUAGAUCUCUGAUUUAUAGUUGGGUCAUUUAUAUUAUAUUUAAAUUAAAAUUAAAUAAUAUGUCACCCAUCCAGUUUAUGACCGUGUAAAACGUUGCUUGACCUCCAUUUUCCUUUUUUCAUUUUUUUUGUUAAUAUAGCGGUGUCAGAAAACAUCAUCACUGAAAAUUACAACUGUCUCACUACCACGAACACACACAGACAGAUGGACAAGCAAAGUCUUAAAGUAACUGAUUCCCGUUUAACGCCUGUGGAUAGCGAAUCCCAAAAGGCUAUAUUUAAAUAUUUCAUAUUUCGUGGAUUUAACUUUUUUAUCUUUAAUUAUGUGUUUAAAAUCAACAGUCCGUUGAGUAUAGCUUGUUAAAUGCACAAAUCUUAAUUUAAUAAUAUAUAAAUCUGAUAAUGUCCCAACUAUAAAAUAAGUAAAAAUAUAUAUAAGGAGACAGCCAGCGGUUUCAUGUAUGUGCACCAAAAAUUGUUACUUUUAUAGUAAUAACGUCCAAAUAUUUAUAAUUUAAGUGCAAUAAAAUUUCUAGUGUUCCUUGUGUUUUAAAUAAAUUUUACUUAGUUUAUUAUUUUUUUUAUUGUUUUGUACGUACGUGGUUUUUGUGUAUUCAGUGAUCGGUAGGUUUAAUACCAUUUGUCAUUCGUGUAAUAUGCAAUAAUUAUUUGAAAUUUUCACUAUUUUAUAGUGAAUAAAGUAAAAUAUAUCUAAAUUAUUUAACCUAUUAUAUUUUUUAUGUAAGUUCAUGGAAGUUAGAAUGAUAUACGAAUUUUUUUAUUGUAUCAUAUGAAACGCCUAAGCUCUGCCUUCGUCCCAAUAUUUUUUUAUGUUAUUUUGCUUUACCGCUACCCAGGAAAAUUAUAUUUCUCUUUUAUAUUAUCAAAUAUUGGAAAUAAAUUCGUGAAAGUAUAACAUUGGCUAAAGCCAUUCGAGGCUCUAUUUUUUUUUUGUUUAAAUAAGGAGAUUUUUUCGAUGUUAUUGAUGUGUAAUUAACAUUAAAAAGACAUAAUGUAUCGGUGAUAUAAAAGAGACGUUAUUUCAAUUAAAUUUCUUUACGAGUCUGAUGAAGGUGAAUGUUUCGUGACCAUCUCAAAUUAUCUAAUUAUGAUAUAGUUUAGCGCUUAAUAUAUCUCGUAUUGUAACAUAAGAUCUAGAUUUAGCACAAAAUGUGGAUGUUAGUACUUCCUCACGCAGACGCGUGGUUAAUGCUUAGUAUUUAAGUGAUUUUUCUUUUAAAUCUAAAGCUUACAUUGUCUUAUUAUUUUGAUAUUUCUAUCUGUUUAAAAUAUAAUGUAUGUCCUAAAACUAGUUACUGCUUUAUUAUAUAAUUAUAGGUUGCAUCUACAUGAUUAAUUCGAAUAUUGUAACAAAUGUUUACAAUAAUAAAAAGUUUAUAAAUAUGAAUAAUUACUUAAUGUCAUAUGAAAUUUUGUGAAACUGCGAGAUGUGUGUGGUAUUGAGUUUUUAUUUUCCAACAAUGUAAGUCUUUAGGUUAGUGUGAAGUACAUGCUGUGAUGAGAGUUUGCGAAAUUUCUAUAAUAUUUUGCCGUCUGUAAUAUUAUUUUAUAUAAAUACAGGUCGUACUUGACUGGAAAUAAAUUUAAAUUAUAA